AUGGACGUGACGGAGCUGUGCCCCAGCCCGGCGCUGCUCGCCCAGCAGCUGACGCACGUCGAGCUAGAGCGGCUUUCCUACAUCGGGCCCGAGGAGUUCGUGCAGGCGUUUGCCAAGGAGAACCCGCACCUGGAGACUUCCUUCAAGGACAUGAAGAAGACGCGCAAUCUCGAGUCCUACGUGCAGUGGUUUAACAGGCUCAGUUACUUCGUGGCCACGGAAGCUUGCAAGCACGUGAAGAAGAAGCAGCGGGUGAAGGUGAUCGAGUACUGGAUCGAGACGGCGCGGGAGUGCUUCAACAUCGGCAACUUCAACUCUCUGAUGGCCAUCAUCGCCGGCCUCAACAUGUCGCCCGUGUCCCGGCUCAAGAAGACGUGGAGCAAGGUGCAGUCGGCCAAGUUCUCGAUCCUGGAGCACCAGAUGGACCCGUCGUCCAACUUCUCGAGCUACCGGUCGACGCUGAAGGCGGCCAUGUGGCGGUCCGCCGGCGCCACGGACGAGAGGCAGCGCAUCGUCAUCCCCUUCUUCUCGCUGCUCGUCAAGGACCUGUACUUCCUCAACGAGGGCUGCUCCAGCAAGCUGCCCAACGGGCACAUCAACUUCGAGAAGUUCUGGCAGCUGGCGAAGCAGGUGACGGAGUUCAUCACGUGGAAGCAGGUGGCUUGUCCCUUCGAGAAGAACACCAAGGUCAUCACGUUCCUGCAGGGCAGCCCCGUGCUCACGGAGAACGCUCUAGCACUUGCAUCAUUUGAGUGUGAACCUCCAGAGAACAACUUGGAGAAGGAAAGGUAUAAGUCACUCAAAUCUGAACUGACUUCAUGAACUUCUGAGAGUGUGUUGUCAAAGCUGCUCUGCUCAACAGCUGAAGAUUGAAUGAUAUUUUCAAUACUCAUCUCUUGAUGUGCGUGGAAGAGUGUGUGAGAUAGAAGAAGGUGUUGUCGCCAGUAAUUUAAAACUUUUGUGCCAUUUGUUGUUUCAGCGGCACAUGCUGCAUUUCUCUCUGUGAGUGUCUUGGAAGCAACUCUGUGAAGUUUCUUUUAAAAUACAACGUUUUAAUACCCACAAGACGAUCUAGAACAAAAGGAUUGCGGGAAAAAACGAAAAAAUAUACUUUACUUAACGUUGUCUCCUAAUCAUGUUUUUUUAUUUCACAUUUUUAUCAUCAGUUUGUUCAAUGUCUGGUGCCUUUGUCAUUGUCAGAUGGUGUGAGGUGCAUGGAAGAGAAAAUAAUUAUUUGUAAAAUAAUUUUAAACUAAGGCAAUUUUCAAGCACUUUGUAAUAAAUUGGAGGUGUUAAACAUGAUUUGCUUAAUGUGAGAAAGAUAAUUAUCAUUAAUUAUUGACUAAAAUGUUUUAUAGGAUUUGUAAGAAAUCCAAGGUCUUUCCACAAAAUGUAGUGUUGUGUCUGUUCUGAGUCAUACGACCAUGAAAUGGAAUCUCUUAUUAUUUGUUGGUGCCCAAGAUGAGUAAAUUUCACUAAUAAGUUAUGAAAAUGAAAGGAAUAGUAACUUAUAGAAAUAUUUUCAUUGUCAUCUUGGGCACUGCUAGAAGUGAUUAAAUAGUUAUUAUAUAAAGGCUUUUUUAAGCUACAUUUUCAUAUUCUAAAUUUAUGUCAGAAAAACAAAUCAAAUGUGUAAAUUUGAUUAAAGUGUAUUGGGCUAAUUUUUUUGUGUGCCGACCAAAAUUUAAGUGUCUGAUAAACACUAUCGGUACUGCACUUUCAUAUAUAAUGUAAUAUGUAGUAGUGUUAUCUGUUUAAAAAAAAGCAAAAUAUGUGUUUCAAUUGAGUUUAACAUUGGUAAUAAUUAGUAAAAUGUGAGAUUGUUAAAAGUACAGAAAUUUGUCUAAACAUCUUGUAAGAUUACAUUUGCAGGGUUUUAUUUUGGAAGUGUUUCUUGCUGCACAAGUGUGUACAGAAAAUGAUCAUUUUGUCUCAUUUUGAGUGCUCAUGCGAUAAUAUAUUAACACAACAAAGACUGCAGUUAGGCCCUAUUAUUUUUUCUGUAUAUGAAAGUAGCUUGUAUGAUAAAUACAAUGUAUUGCUGUGUGUAUGUAAAAAUGGUUGCAUGUGGUUGUUGUAACAAGAUGUACAAAAAAUUAUAAUCUAUCGUACUUAGUGUUGCCGGAUGUUUGCGGCACUAUCCAGAUGCACUCGCAUACCAGUAUUCUAGUCAUAAAAAAGUGUAAUUGAAUAUAACUGCAUAUAGAAAAAGUAUAAUAUAGUCUAAUAAGAAAGGAAUUUUAAUCAUUUUGAAUCAUGAUUCUAAAAAGCUGAUUGAAUUGCUUGAUGUACAUACACUGCCAUUGUAAACUUCAAAUUUUUAAGGCAGUUGGUUUCACUUAAUUAAGAAACACGUUCACACUAUUGUCUACCCCUUGGAAUUAUGUUAGUGCAUUUUUUAUUUUUCAUGUUCUUAAAGACAAUAAGUUGUUUAAAAAACUUAGUUCCUUUGCAGCAAAUUGCUUAGUUUAAAGUAAACAUAUUCAAAUGUAUUUGCAUGCUUAGGUCACUGUGUGUAAAUAUUUCUUGCCAUUCAUUUGCCUCCUGUGAUGAAACUUUAGUAAGCAUUGCACAGCCUAAGGCAAUUACGUAGCUUACAAUUUUGUGUGUGCUGCGAUACCGUGAACCUUUUAGUAGUAAGCCGUUGCACAAUUUAGGAGUUUUGAAGAGUUAUUUUAAUACAUGUGACUCUUAGUAUGAAAUUGAAAUUGACUUAGUACACAUUGUACAGUAUUUUUUACUGUGGCUUCUGUUUCUAUGUUUCAGCCACCAAGACUUCUCACCAUUUUUAGAAUUUAAUGAUGUAAAUAAUUAAAAAUUUAUGUUGUGAGAAUGUCAAAUUUAACAAAGUAUUUUGAAAUGUGCUUUUUGUGCAAAAACACAUUAAGUUGUAAUAUUAUUUAUUGUUAAAUUUAGAGAAGCAGACCAUGAAAUGAAUGUGAUUUUUCAAUAGGCCUAAUUCCUUAAACAUUUAAUUUUAUUGGUCAUCAGACACGAAAAAAUCUCUUUAGUAUUGCAUCAUUCCAGUGUGUUGUUCAAGAACUGUGUCUUACAUUUUAAGUUGUUUGUGACGUAUUGUGAACUUUUUAUGGUAUGAAAUUUUUUGUAAAAUAUUUUGCAAAACUUUUUUUUUGGAAAUUUUUUAGCUUUUUACUAUUUCGUUUUUAAGAUCUCUGUACCUCACAAUAUGUGAGGUUGUGUUGCACAUAAUAUGCUUACUUGUUCACGUUCUUUCUCCUUGCUGUUGUUUUUUCAGUGUCCGUUUCUAUCUGUAGAAGAUAAAAUAAAUAAAAUAAUUUGAUAUUGAACU